CUUUUUAAUUACGGAGUAUUCAACAUCAUUUUAUUAAUUUCAUGAAGUGCAAAAAUGGCAAGGUUGUGUAUUUUGUGUCGGAAGUGUUUGUGGGUUUCCUUCCCUUUAAUACGUAAUCACAAACAUAUUCUCUCUCUCUUGAAUAUCAGUGAUUUGUGGUUUCUGAGGAUAAGGAAGAAAUCUGGGAGGCGGGUGUAUUGUUUUUCCAUUCACUGUGGGGAGAAGAAGUUGCAGAGUGAAGAACAGCAUGCGGUGGUACAGUCUUUCAGUUGAUGUGUUUAGGAAAGUCAUCUUCUUGAAUUUGUACUGCCGUGUAAUUCUGUAACAAUUUUACCCCCACCUUCACAUCCAUAUCUUGAUUUUCUUACCUUAUAACUCUUUUUUUUACCCUUGACAAAAUAUCAUUGUGUUAGCCUUCAUUCGUUCAUUCAUUCAAUGGGUUCGACUCGUUUCAUUGUCAUUCCCUGCUACGUCCGCCGGAUUAGCUGAAUUUUUAUCAUCUUCUGUGUCGUUAUUAAGCCUUUCAAAUCAUUAUCUGGUUUUGUAUUUUGGGAUCUUUUAAUUUUGUGUGUGGGGAAGGGGGGAGGGGUUUGGGGAAGAAGAAGUUAUGGUGUGCCAAGCAGCGAGCCAGACGAGAUUCAGGGCUUUGAAACAUGAAAAUGGAGUUGCAGGGAGUUCCACCAUUAUAGUUAGAGUCAUAGCUUGCUUUCAACCACUCCAAGAUUGCCAGGCUGAAUAUUUUCGUCACCUGCUGAAACCUGUCACGUAGAUUCGUUGAUUUUCUUGACCCUUUCUUUCUCAAGUUAAGCUGAAGAUUUCUCAUUUUGUUAGCAUUUCUUCUUCUUCUUCUUCGUUAUUUCUAGAAAACAUCACAAGCUACAUUCAGCAAGUUCUAGUACUGGUGGUGGGAUUUCUUGAAUUGAAUGGAAAAAGAUUUUGAUCCUCAGUUCCCUCGACGCUGGGACCCACAUAUCCAGAAUUUUCCUGCCAUGGCAUACCGCCCUAAUAACUUGCUUCUCAACAGUUUGCCUUCUUCUUUCCAUCCAUCACUGGGAUCUGCAACUGAAGAGGAAGCUCCCGUUUGGGCAAAUCCGAAUCCUGAAACCGCCCAUGGAGAUGCCCAAAGGAAAUUUCUUGUUUUUGAUCAAUCGGGCAACCAAACGAGGCUAGUCUACCGUUCUUCUGCAAGUGCAAGCUGGCUUCUGAAACCGUCAACAACACCUAUUGAUCCAACCCCUUUUCUUAGCGACGAAUGCGUCCAAGAGAACAAUGAGGGAAUGGAAAUGCAUCAAGAAGACUCCGAAGAGCUAGACGCUCUUCUCUACUCUGACGAUUCUGAUUCUGAUCCUGAUUCCUCUGGUGAUGAAGUCAUAAGCUCGGGACAUUCUCCGAGUGCCCAUGGUAAUGAGCCAAGAGAGGAGGGGCCCACCAAAAGGCAAAAACUUCUCGAGGGUCGUUAUGCCCCGAUUGGGCGCUCCGGUUUAGAGGAUGACGCGGAAUCAAGCUGUGGGAAUACCAACAACCGCAGGAAAAGAUCAAGAAAGGAGAAAAUACGCAAAACGUUGUGCGUUUUGCAGAAUAUUGUCCCAGGAGGAAAGGGGAAAGGCACAAUCGAGGUUAUUGAUGAAACAAUCCGAUACCUGAAAGGCCUCAAGGUCGAAGCCGAGUCCUUGAGGCUUGAUGCUCUAUAAUAUCUGUUCCUUAUCCCAGAAACCCCAAGGAUGGAGUUCAUCUUUUUAUUUUCUUUCUAAUAACAAUAACAAUUUCUUGGUGCAUCCAAAAGUGACAAUGAUGAGAACGACAAUCACGGUAGGUACUAAACGGGACCGUCCAAUCCUCGUUCAAUUUCGGGGUCUACCACCAAAUCGCGAAUGACACCGAGUUUGAUAACAAGUGUCUCAUGAACAUUCUUGGUUGCACAUGGUUGUCUACGGUGUUAUAAUUUUUCUUGUUUGUGGGUUUAACUGUUUAUCCACCAUGCCAUUGGGAGCUAAGAAAUGUACAGUGGAUCAUUCAUGGCUUCAGAGUUGGA